AUGAAUGGCGGUUGGGUAACCGUUGUUAAAGGGUAUUUUAACGCCAUUAAAGCCAAUUUUUGGCGUAGUGAAACAUGGCGGUAUGAGAUCUACGCACCUGAUGGAAUUUGGAUUGCUGCAACUCUUAGUGAUCGUUACCAGUUUCCCUCCCAAGAUGAGGUUUGUUAUGUUGCCGGUAUUGCACCUCAAUACACCCGAUCUGCCCAACUCUUUAGGCUUUUAAUUAACACUGGCUCAAGGUAUACAAGACGAGAAAGAGUGGACAAUGUAUUAAUCAUAAACUCGAAUUUCAGCCCACAAUUCCAUCCGGAAAGGCAGAUCAGCAUUCAAAGGCCAAUAAGUUAUUAUAUAGAUGAAAAUGGCACAAGGCGAAGUCUAAGCAUUAGCAGAUAUCAUCCAAACGAUGGCCCCUAUAACACCACUUCCUUUCAAAAGAGGGAUCUAAGAACCACCUCCCUCAUAGAUUGGUACAUGGAUGGGGUGGGUAACUUAGAGAGUUAUGUAGAUGCUGCAUUUCGUUCCUCGCGGAAAAAUGAAGCAUACCUAUUCAUGAAGAAUGAGUAUUUGCUACUGAACUAUGCACCUGGGUCAACAAAUGACAGAGUAGUUAAUGGACCGCUUCUUAUACGCGACGGGUUCCCUUCACUAAAGGGUACCCCCUUUGCAGAGUAUGGAAUAGACUGUGCUUUUGGGUCUCAUAAUCACAAUGAGUCUUUCAUCUUCUCCGGAAUAUUCUGUGCCCGGAUAAACUUUGCUCCGGGCACUACAGACGACUAUAUAAUUGAUGGUCCUAUGAUUAUCACUAGGAUGUUCUCGUUCUUUAGAAAGACGGUCUUCGAAAACGGGGUAGAUGCUGCAUUUGAGUCCUCAACUAAAUAUGAAGCUUAUCUCUUUAAAGGUGAUCAAUAUGCUCUUAUAAACUAUAAUAAUGGUGGUUCUAGUUCAACACCUCGUUUUAUUGCCAUCCGUCCUAUAUCGCAGGGCUUUGGUGGUUUGAGAAACACCAUCUUUGAAAGCGGGUUCGAUGCAGCAUUUUCUUCACACUACAACCAUAAAGAGGCCUACCUGUUUAAAGGAGAUUCAUAUGCACUCAUGAACUUCGCUCCUGGUUCAACAAAUGACUACAUUAUUGGCGGGGUCAAGAAAAUCCUUCCUAACAACUGGCCUUCUUUACGACCCAUAUUGCCUCGGUACAACCGUGGUAUUGACCUACCUGCUGAUGAACCAAGUUCUGUUGGUCAGCCUGGAGGUCAUCAGGAAUUGUGA